GCGUUGCUGUCAAACGCACGUCGCGUGAGUUUGAGUCCACUCACGGCUGUCGAUCGUGUAGCGUAGUGCACGCGCGCCAGAUUAUAGUGUUUCUAAUUCUUACGCGUUGAUUAGAUCGCGUAUUAGUGGUGCGUUGAAUGAAAUAUUGUUGAAUUAUAAUUCUAUUGUUCGGUGAUAGUGAUUUUGUAUUUGUGUUGUGAACCGCCCCCGGUCGAAGUUGGGGUUCUAGUGUUGGAUGUUGCGACGACAGCGGGUGCCGGGGCGCGGCCGGCGCCGUCGCUAGGAAAAUGUCGAUACCCCUUGGCCGGGAGACACUGCUCCCCACGCAGUGCAUGGCGCGGGCGUUGUACGACAACAUAGCGGAGUCUCCAGACGAGCUGGCCUUCAGAAGGGGUGACCUCCUCACCGUGCUGGAGCAGAACACGGGAGGUAGCGAGGGCUGGUGGCUCUGCUCCCUCCGAGGUCGACAGGGAAUAUGUCCAGGGAAUCGGUUAAGGAUCGUCGCGGGAGUGUUCGAUGGGUCUUCAUCACAACGGCGGAGAGCCCGCGUCCCAGCGCCUGUUGCUCAUCAGCCCAUGCCAACACAACAAUCACCUGCUUUUACCAAAAUCGAAGAGUGUUCACACUAUGACGUACCAAGAACACCGAUGCCGGUCCAGCGACUUGGCACCUACGACUGUCCCCGACCGGCUGCCGAGUGGUAUGACGCUCCUCGCGCCCCGCGCCCUGCCAGCGCUGACAGCGCUUGCAGCGGCACAGGGUCUCUCACAUCAGCGACUUCAAGCGCUUCAGCUCACUCGGGAAGCUCAGCGCAUUCUGCUGCAUCGGCGUCCAGUACAUACGACGUACCCCGCUCUAGAGCACUACCGCUGCCUUGUGAUGCAGCGCUGGAAGCGCUUGAAAGAUUACAAGAGGAGGCAUCGGCGGCGGUGUCUAGGCUGCUUUCAUAUGUGUCGCCUGGCUGGCGACGUCGCGGCGCGCUUCGACCGCGCGUCUUAGACGUCCGGGUGGCCGGUGCAAGGCUAAGGGCCGCUCUACACGAUCUCGCAGUGUUCGCUGACGCUACGCUGGCUAAUGCACACGAUGCACAAGAUAAAGGUAUCGCAGUAAAGUUACGGCCACUAGUAAAAGCCUUAAAAGAUGCCGAGCGUAUCACGCAUGAAGCGACGAGUGCAUUGGACGCCGGAGAUUGGGCACCUGAACGAUUAGAAAGGGAUAGAGAACCAACAGACGGCACGCAAGACGCGCUCGACCAACUCGUUGCGUGUGCCCGAUCCUUAACUGAAGAUGUUAGACGAGCUGCUUCAUUUAUCCAUGGAAAUGCGUCUCUUCUCUUCAGACGAUCAGCAACAGUACCUGAACACGAAUGGACGGAGGAGUAUGAUUACGUGCGGCUGGAGUCUCGGACAGCAGUUGGUCGGCGGAAUGCGGAGAUCAGAGCCGCUCUACCGGACAAGUUACGGGCUUCCUUUGACGCACUUGUCCGGGAUGCAGAUCAUGCGGGAGAGGUCAGCGCUGUAGCGGCUGCGACGAGUCUGCCACCAGAUGACAGACAGUUGGCAGCAUUUUAUGCAGCACAAACAGCUACAUACGGUGCUCAUUUAUCCACUGCAGUUGAAGCAUUCCUGAGGACCAUAGAGAUGGGACAACCCCCUGAUGUCUUCCUAGCACAUGGCAAAUUUGUAGUUUUGAGCGCGCAUAGAAUAGUUCAUGUUGGCGACACUGUACAUAGGAGCGCGCAACACACUGGUCUAAAAGCAAAAAUAUUACGAUGUUCGGAUGCACUGUCCGACGCAUUAGCAACAACAGUCGCAAAGACGAAAACGGCUGCCCAACAGUUCCCCUGUGCGAGUGCAGUUGCAGAAAUGGCUGAAUCGGCCCGAAAUCUCGCAGCCAGAGCUCAAGAACUAAGACGAGCACUGGUACGAGCGGCUGAACCACCGCAAGAUUGUACACCGGCGACUACAGUUCCACCAUCUUCAACAACGACGCCCUUGACACCGCUCACGCCAAUCGCGCCGCACAAUAUAGGAGCGCCAACUCUUCCAGUAAUAUAAAACGGUUCAGUUUCCAAUUAAGCUUAGUACAAGAUUUUGUAAUAGCAUUAUUCAUUCCAGUUCUUAAUCGUCAUUUAGGUAUCUAUUGAAUUGGAUUGAGGCCAAUGUGUUUAAGACCAAUUUUAAAUUAUUGUACUUAACGUGAUUUAUAGUCGAUGUUUACAUGUGAUUGAAGGAAUAUUGUAUUUUGUGCAAAGCACCAAACGAGGCUGGAGAUCCUCCGUAAGCAUUACAUUAAAACGCCAAUAUUACCAAAGAAAGUCUGUUGUACUACACAAUAAAUACAUCGAUGUAGACUGCCUUAGUUAAUGAAAUAAUUUUACAAGAAAGACAUUUGUUUAAUGAAAACAUUGUAAGGCUGCUAAUAAUUAUUAAUGAUGUGCGAAUAAUUGCUGGAUGCUCAUUUGCUUUUGAGUUGAGUUCUCCGUCCAGUUUUAUACAAUUUGGCAUUGAAGUGCGAUCGUAGUUUUACUAUGUUAUUUAUUGAAAUGGGCUAUGCACGUUUAGUGGACGGGCAUUCUGCCUUAUGUUAUUAAAUGUGUCCUGCGUACAUAAUGACUACCUUAUUAUCUUUAUUCAUCUCUCCAAAGACUUGUCAUUCAAAAUUAGGUCUCUACCUAUUUUUUACUGAUAUAAUUCAGAGCAAACGGCAUUUAAUUUAGGCCUAAUUUUAAUUUAGGAAAUUCGUUAGAUAUGAACGCUUAUUACUUACCAAAAACAUGAGUUCAUACAUAUCAUUUAAAAUUGAUGUUUAUAUCUAACGUUCCUUUGCUAUUUCAAAUGUAAGCAACCGCAUAUCUUCAUCAGGCGAACUCAAAAUCUAGGAUUAAAAAAAAAAACAAAGAGGAAUAAAAAAUUAAUCAAAUGAGUACAUAAAAGAAUGAUUUCUCCCAUUACUAUAAAAUUAAGUAGGUAGGUUAAAUCAAAAUUGGUAAAUGUAUACCUGAUAUUAAAUAGUGCGCGGGUAAUGUCCGCCACGUGUGCAUAGUGCCUAAGUGUUGUUUAACGUACAAAUUUUGCUCAUAGCGCAUGUAUUAUUACAAUGGCUAUAUUAUUAUGAAGUAGAUUCGUGUGGUGUAUCUAAAAUAAAACGGCAUAAGUGUGGCGAUUUAAAUUAAAUUUUUAAUGUUCCUCAUAUACAAAUACUAUUAAUGUAGCAACAGGCUAUAAACGAUUCGAAAUAGUUUUAAUAUCAGGAUUAUUUUAAAUAAUCUGUGUGUAACUAGUUCAUCACUGCCAUACGCUAUAGUUGAGUAAGAUUUUUUGAUAUCAAUAUUAAACGAUUUUAUCAAGAAGUUUAUAAAUAUAACAUUAAAUUAUUCAAUAAAGAAACAAUAAUAAUUGUAGGAAAUAUAAAAUUUGAACAAUAAAAGCAAAUAGGUAUAUACCUAGGUUUUUAUUCAGAGGCGUUUCAAGUUUGAGUUGUCAAUUUUGACGUAAGUAGAAUACAUUUUUGACGUCUUAGAAAAAUUGUGGAUGAAGGGGGCAAGUGUUGGGCUAAAUUAAAAAAAAACCAUAGUUAAACUCGAAAAGCUUUUGAGUGAGCCUUAGACAUCAAUGCAUAUUUAUAGUAUUUUACAAUUAGAAGUAGAUAAUAACUAUUAAACUAUAAUUAUUAAUGUAAAAAGACCGCGUUGUAUAUUAGCUAUGUGUAAUAUAUUUCCUAGAUGUUGUAGAUUAGCUAGACUAGACAGAAUUGUACAUAACGCAUCAUAAUUUUAAUGUAUGUACUUAUAAUUUAAUCAUCUUGUAAAACGCAAUCAUGUCAAAUAUAUACAAAUUUCGUAUUUA